GGGGCCUGGGCCACAGAAGGGGAGCCGUUCAAAACAAGGAAGUGUGGCGCGGCGGCGUGGAUGCGCCUCUGUUGUUGCCUUCACUUCCGGGGCUCCUUCGCCUGAGGUGGCGGCGGGGAGGGCCUGUCCCUCUUGCUGCGGCUGCUGCUUCUUGGCCUGAAAGGCCUCAUGGAUGAGAGCAAAGUAGCUGGUGGCAAAGUGAAGAAACCAGGGAAACGAGGCCGUAAACCAGCUAAAAUAGAUUUGAAAGCCAAACUUGAGAGGAGCCGGCAGAGUGCCAGAGAAUGUAGGGCAAGGAAGAAGCUAAGGUAUCAGUACCUAGAAGAGCUGGUUUCAAGCAGAGAGAGAGCAAUCUGUGCUCUCAGAGAAGAGCUGGAAAUGUACAAACAGUGGUGCAUGGCAAUGGACCAAGGAAAAAUCCCUUCUGAAAUUAAAGCUCUGCUUAGUGGGGAAGAACAAAGUAAACCCCAACAGAACUCAGCCAGGAAUUCCAAAGUUGUGAAGGCAGAUGCCAACAGUCACAGUUCCUGGUGAAGAUUAAUCAUCUAAGACUCAUCUUCAUACUUCUAAGCUAAAGUUUCUAAAGAUUAAGCAGUGAUGUGUGGUCUUUCUUUCAAUGUAACCCUUUGCACUGAAUGAUUACAGUGAUUAUGUUGCAAAAAACAUGAUUGUUGGAUGACCAAAAUAAUGUGAUAUCAAACUGGUAGGAUUAAAUGUGUGACUUUUAAGACCAUAUUAUUUUCAUAUAUUGCAAUGUAUAUAUCUAUCUCUGUGUGUGUAUUUAUAUUUGCUGUUAAUAGGGAAGUAAAUAUUUAGCCUUGUAUAGUAAUUGCUUAUAGGCUUUAUGACUUAGGUUUUAUUUGUUCACUCAUAGUAGAGUGCAAUUUAGAAAAGACAUAAAAUUAAUUCGGAUCUCAUUUGUUUGAUAUUGACACCGAAGCUGUUAUGCUUAUAUUUGUAGUAUAUGUUGUGAUGCUAAUUGCUGUAUUUCAGCAUAAACUUCAAAUAUAUGAUUGCCAUUACCUCCUUUACCUUCACAGCUAACAUAUGGCCUGUGGGUAAAUAAAUCCUUCCUUCUAGACUCAGUUCUGCUGUGCACUCAUGUAGUACUUCUAGACAGGUCCUCUUCACCUGGCAUUUGAGACAAUAUUAAAGGCCUUUUGCAGAUACUUAAGAUCAUGUUUUUGAGAUGCUUUGUGUCCUUCUGUGUGAAAUUGCAUUGCUGAAUGCUGGGGUUAAAUUGAACUCUUCCCCUGUCUCUGAUGCUAGAGUGCCUGUAUUUGGAUGUUUUGUGUCUAAAUAAAGAGAACCAUUUGGGAACAGUA